CUCAACCCCUGGGACGUGAUGCUCUGCGUGUCCGGCACGGCCAUCGCCUGCGAGAACGCCCUGGUGGUGGCCAUCAUCUGCUACUCGCCCACCCUGCGCACCCCCAUGUUCGUGCUGGUGGGCAGCCUGGCCACGGCCGACCUGCUGGCUGGCCUCGGCCUCAUCCUCAACUUCGUUUUCCAGUACGUGAUCCGCUCCGAGACGGUGAGCCUGCUGACGGUGGGCUUCCUCGUCGCCUCCUUCGCCGCCUCCGUGAGUAGCUUGCUGGCCAUCACGGUCGAUCGCUACCUCUCCCUCUACAACGCCCUCACCUACUACUCGGAGCGGACGGUGCUCUGCAUCCACACCAUGCUGGCGGGCGCCUGGGGGGUGUCCCUCUGCCUGGGGCUGCUGCCCGUCCUGGGCUGGAACUGCCUCCACGACCGCGCCGCCUGCAGCGUCGUCAGACCCUUGACCAAGAGCAACGUGACGCUGCUGUCCGCCUCUUUCUUCCUCAUUUUCCUCAUCAUGCUCCAUCUCUACAUCGAGAUCUGCAAGAUCGUUUGUAGGCACGCUCACCAGAUAGCUCUCCAGCAGCACUUUCUGACUGCUUCACACUAUGUUGCCACCAAAAAAGGAGUCUCUACCCUCGCUAUAAUCCUCGGGACUUUCGGAGCCAGCUGGCUUCCUUUUGCCAUCUACUGUGUAGUGGGUGACCCCAACUACCCCUCUGUGUACACAUACGCCACGCUUCUACCUGCUACCUACAACUCUAUGAUCAACCCCAUCAUUUACGCCUACAGAAACCAGGAGAUCCAGAGGUCCAUGUGGGUGCUCUUCUGUGGCUGCUUUCAGGCUAAAGUGUCCUUUCGCUCCCGGUCCCCGAGCGAUGUCUGA